CACAAACUCCUGGAGGCCGUGUUCAACCCUCGAGUUCAGCUGCACAGAUCAGAUGUCCAGCAGCUGGUUUGGAUUAAACCAAAUGUCCCCCCUGAGGACCAGGACCAAGAGGAGCCGAAGCCCCUCCUCAUAAAAGACGAGCCGGAGCCCCUCCUCAUAAAAGAGGAGCUGCAGGAUCUCUGGACCCGUCUAGAGGGAGAUAAGCUCAUUGUGCUGGAGGAGGCCGAUAUCACCAAGUUCUUAUCCACUGCUGUUACUGUGAAGAGUGAAGAUGACGAACCUCAGACCUCACGGCUUCAUCAAAGCCAGACAGAGGACAACAAAGAGGCGGAGCCUCCUGCCUGCAGCUCAGCUACGACAAUACAGACGGAAACUGAUGGAGAGGACUGUGGGGGAUCAGGACCAGACAGGAACCUAAAUCCACAUCGUCAUUCACAUCCAAAUGCUGAUGAUGAAGAGGCUUCAGACUCUUCUGAGGCUGAGGUCAGUUGUGGUGAUUGGCAAGAAGCUUUGUCAGAUUCUGGACCUGACAGUGAAGAUGGGGACAAUGUCUGGAAGGAGCCCAGGGCACCUGAGUCUGCUGCACAUGCCCUGAAAUAUAAGGAAGCUCUUGUAAGUCAUGUGGGAUGUAACACUGGCAACAAAUCCAAUGAAUCACAAUCAAAAGAGCUCAUGAGAGAGAAAGCAUUCUGGUGUGAUGUUUGUGGGAAAAGAUUUACACAACAGGGAAAUCUGAAGAAACACCUGAGAGUCCACACAGGAGAGAAGCCAUUCAGUUGUGAUGUUUGUGGGAAAAGAUUUACACAACAGGGAAAUCUGACGACACACAUGAGAGUCCACACAGGAGAGAAACCAUUCAGUUGUGAUGAUUGUGGGAAAAGAUGUAAACAACAGGGAGACCUGAAGAAACACAUGAGAGUCCACACAGGAGAGAAACCAUUCAGUUGUGAUGAUUGUGGGAAAAGAUUUACACGACAGGGAGAUCUGAAGAAGCACAUGAGAGUACACACAGGAGAGAAACCAUUCAGUUGUGAUGUUUGUGGGAAAAGAUUUACACAACAGGAAAAUCUGAAGCAUCACAUGAGAGUACACACAGGAGAGAAACCAUUCAGUUGUGAUGUUUGUGGGGAAAGUUUUGCAAGAAAAGUAACUCUGACCAAACACAAGAGAGUCCACACAGGAUAGAAUGUGUUUCGUACGUCUCUUUCCCUCCCCCUCUCUCUCUCCCCAUCCCCAGGAUCCAUGCAGGUGACGCCCGUGACCCUGACUGCAGAUGAACCUACAUCUGAGGACAUUUGGCUGAGAGCUGCCAGCCAGACGACCCAGUGGGCCUCAUAGAAGAGCUCAAGCUGUGUGCCGGUGCUGUUACGUGUGGUCCACAGGGUGCUGUUGUCCUACGUUUCAUCUCAUUGUAAAUAUUGCUACUGCCAUAUCGAUCGAUACUGUUAGUAUUUCCACUGGUCUCUGCAGCAUCGAUUCCGUUUCUAUGAAACGGAUAUUUUAUUUCUUAUAUUGAAGCACUCUAGGAUUAAGGUGUCUUUACGCUGCAGACCGCAUACCGGGAGCGGCUAACUUGUGGUGGAGUCCCUAUGUAGUGACACACUCUGCAAUAUAAUCUGUGUGUGAUGUAUGUAACUGAUGUAAUCUGUACUACGAUGUCAUUCCUUGGUACAUGCGGUAUCACAAAGUCUUGUAAUCAUGUGUGAGAGGUGUGCGAGUCCAGAGUGUCCGUAAAAAUCUAUUUUAAACUAUUUGAGCAAAAUGUCCAUAAAAAGAAGGAAUAGAGGUCUUCGAAUAGAUCCUUCUAGACGGAUACGGACGUUCAGAUAUUGAUCCUUCACUCUUUGGAAAAACACGUUGCUCAUCAGCUCGAGUUUUACUUAUUUAGCUGUUAACCUUUUUAUUUUUUUUAUCUUGUGUUAAAUAAACAUCGACUGCAUUGCAGUUUGACUACAUCA